UACGCUACUGAACAAUAUCUAUAACUCCCAUUCAGUUCUAAACCUGUCAUUCUCCUACUAUCUACACUUCCUGCCGCUAAUUCUUGUCUUCCUGUCCUCUUCGCUAUAUCCUCAAUAUUCGUUAUCUCUCUAUCUAUCUAGCCCCUCCCUUCCACCUGUAUAUAAACAGGGGAAUCAUUCUCCUUUCUUUUUGUAAAAAAAAAAAUCUUUGAAUAUCGAAAUAUUUAAGAAAUGUUUAUAUUUUUUAUUUCUCCCAAUGUAUCCGUGUAAUCUCUGCAGAAGUAGAGUAAAACUGUGAAGGUAAACAGAGCACUGCACAACUAGUCUUCUAUUUCCCGGCUACAAUCUACAAUCUACAUAAUGCGUGUAUAGGGAGUCAGGCCUAUAUCUUUAUAUACGCAUACUUUACGUAUACUUGACACAUCUACGCUUCAUUGUGUUUAACAAAGUAAUUCGAAAUUCAGCUAAAUUUACUACGUGGAUAGAUUUUAUCCGGGUUCGGGAUAAAGCUGUAACUCCCAGCCCAGGAGGAUCCUACAUGUAGUCUAUAUCAGCUGAUUGCCGCGCCUGUAGUUUAACCAGGACCUGGAGAGGAAACCGUUAAACCCUAAAGUUUUCCUCCUUAGUUCUUCAGUGUUUUGAGUUGUAUGUGUUUCUCAAUACAGUGCCAGUUAUAGAGUAAACAAAGUAUGAAUCAAUGAUUGAUGGUAAAGCUGUAUUAGCGCAAUGAUUUUGAAAAUUAUGAAACAGUGUUUAAACAUGCGUGUUUCUAAAUGUGAGGAUAUCUAAAGAAAUAUGAGCCAUGUUCAACUGUUACGGACGAAACGAUGACUCAGUGUGUGAAACUGAGCUAAAAGAGAGUAAACAUAAGGCAUAUGAUAAAUGUGUCGGGUUCCCUGGUGAACCUGACCAAAUAGACGAACCUGAAGUAGUUCAACCUGGAGAUAAAACUGAAGAUCUCAACCAGAACCUUGAUUCAGAACCGUUUCUCAACCCUGGAGAUGAGAUCCUGAAAGAAGAUGGUGCUAACUGUGAAUACUGGAGUAGAUGCAUGCCUAGAGAUUACGAGAUUGAGCUGCAGCGAGAUAUAUUGGCCAAUAAUCAACAGUACAACAACAGAUUUAACUAUGCAAACAAUUUCAUCAAAACAUCUAAAUACUCUCUGCUCACCUUCAUUCCCUUCAACUUGUUCGAGCAGUUCCAAAGAGCUGCCAACUUCUACUUUCUGUGCCUCUUUAUUCUUCAGUUGAUCCCUGCUAUCUCCUCCCUGACUCCUGUCACCACUCUCGUCCCACUAGUUCUUGUACUCUCCCUCACAGCUCUCAAGGAUGCAUACGAUGAUAUUCAACGGCAUCGAACUGACCGUCAGGUUAACAACCGGAAGUCCCAGGUACUCCGGAAGGGAUACCUGGUGGAGGAGAAGUGGCAUAGGGUCCAGGUCGGAGAUGUUAUUCGGAUGGAGAACAAUAGUUUUAUAGCAGCAGAUAUUCUACUCCUCUCAUCUCAUAAUUCUAAUGGACUUUGCUAAAU